AUGGCGGACAUGCCCAUUGUGCUCGAUGGAGGAACCGGCUUCCUCAAGGUCGGCUAUGCCGCCCAGAACUUCCCAGAGCACCAGUUCCCCUCGAUAGUGGGGCGGCCCAUCCUGCGGACGGAGGAACAGGCCGGUGAUAUCGUGGUCAAGGAUAUCAUGUGCGGAGAUGAAGCUGCCGCCGCUCGAUCCAUGCUUCAAAUUAGCUAUCCGAUGGAGAACGGCAUUGUCAAGAAGUGGGAUGAUAUGCAACAUUUGUGGAACUACACCUUUUACGAUAAGAUGAAGAUCGACCCCACGGGCCGCAAGAUCCUCCUUACAGAGCCGCCGAUGAACCCGCUCAAGAACCGCGAGCAGAUGGCUGAGGUCAUGCUGGAGGGAUACAACUUCGGAGGUGUCUAUGUGGCGAUCCAGGCGGUGCUGGCACUGUAUGCCCAGGGUCUGAGCAGCGGUGUUGUCGUGGACUCCGGUGACGGUGUGACUCACAUUAUUCCCGUGUAUGAAUCGACCGUGCUGAACCACCACAUCCGCCGGCUGGAUGUUGCUGGUCGCGAUGUUACCCGCAACCUGAUCGCCCUCCUCCUGCGCCGUGGCUACGCGCUCAACCGAACCGCCGAUUUUGAGACUGUGCGCCAAAUUAAGGAGAAGCUCUGCUAUGUUUCGUACGAUCUCGAGCUGGACAAACAGCUUUCCGAGGAUACCACCGUCCUAGUCGAGUCUUACACUCUUCCCGACGGUCGUGUCAUUCGUGUUGGCAGCGAGCGAUUUGAGGCUGCCGAAUGUCUGUUCCAGCCUCACUUGGUUGACGUUGACCAACCCGGUAUGGCUGAGCUGCUUUUCAACACCAUUCAAGGCACCGAUGUCGACAUCCGGUCCAGUUUAUACAAGGCCAUCGUUCUCAGUGGUGGCAGCAGCAUGUACCCCGGCUUGCCUUCACGUCUGGAGAAGGAGCUCAAGCAGCUCUGGCUUACCCGCGUCCUGGGUGGAAACCCGGAGCGUCUGAACAAAUUCAAGGUCCGCAUCGAAGACCCCCCACGACGGAGACACAUGGUUUUCCUGGGUGGUGCUGUCCUGGCCAACCUGAUCGCCGACAAGGACGAUAUGUGGGUUUCCAAGCAAGAGUGGCAGGAGCAGGGUGCGCGAGCCCUGGCCAAGCUUGGCCCGCGGUAA